AUGAACGGAGCUUCACAAGAACCGUCAAUCAUUGAGAGCGUCGCUCGUCGGGCACGCGUGGCGUCUCGAGCGAUGCUUUCCGUAUCUUCAUCAGAGAAGGAUGCCGCGCUCUCCGCAAUGCGUGAGCAACUCUCGAAAUCAAAAGACAGAAUCCUAGAGGCCAACGUCGCGGACAUUUCGGCGGCCAAAGCACGUUUGGCCGAAGGAAAGAUCUCGGCAUCUCUUGUCAAACGAUUAGAGUUGGGAGGAGCAAAAUUUGACGGCGUUCUCACCGGUAUCGCAUCCGUGCGUUCACUUGGAGAUCCUGUGGGCGAAUGUUCGCUUUCCAGGCAAAUCGACGACGGGCUCCAGUUAUAUCGCGUCGCAUGCCCGAUUGGCGUUAUUUGUGUCAUCUUCGAGGCGAGGCCGGAAGCCGCUGUACAGAUCGCAUCCCUCGCUGUCAAGUCUGCGAAUGCUGUCAUUUUGAAGGGAGGAAAGGAAGCGGAGAAGUCAAAUGCAGCGCUUGUUGAAGCGAUCAGAGCAGGUCUGAAAAGUGUAAACUUUCCAGAGGAUGCCGUACAGCUUGUCGCCACUCGAGAAGAGGUAAGGGAGCUUCUAGACCAGAGCAAAUGCAUUGAUCUUAUCAUUCCGCGGGGCUCCAACGCUCUAGUGAAAUACAUCACGAACAACACGCGGAUUCCCGUCAUGGGCCAUGCGGAUGGGAUAUGCAGCGUCUACGUCGAUGAGACCGCAAGCCCGAGCAAGGCUGCGAAUAUCGUCGUCGACGCGAAGGCGCAAUACCCUGCCGUUUGCAAUGCGGCGGAAACAAUGCUAGUUCACCGAAGCGCACUAAACACCGUCCUUCCGGUUGUUGGGGCUGCGCUCGCGGAGGCCGGUGUGGAGUUGAGGGCGGAUGCAGCCUCAAAGGCUGUCUUAGAUAGCGUGAAGGGGCUCAAGGUGGUCGAUGUGUCGGCGGUCGACUACGACACGGAGUUCCUGGAGUUGAUUCUGGCGGUCAAGGUGGUGGACAGUGUUGACGAAGCGAUCGCUCACAUCAACGAGCACGGGAGCGGGCACACGGACUGCAUCAUCACGGAAGAUGAGGGGGCAGCGAGGCGGUUUUUGGGGAUGGUGGACUCGGCUGGGGUGUACCACAACGCGUCGACGAGGUUUGCAGACGGAUUCCGACUGGGCUUUGGCGCCGAGGUCGGCGUGAGCACGCACCGGACGCACGCUCGGGGGCCGGUCGGGCUGGAGGGGUUGAUGAUCUACAAGUACAAAUUGCUUGGUAACGGGCACACUGUGAAGCCGUACGUGGAUGGGGAUAAGGUGCUGAAGCACAAGGAUACGCCAGAUCAACUUCCACCACUCUAAGGGCGUGUGCGGGUCCUUUUUGUGAGCAUAGGUUGCGAUGUAGAUUAGGUUUUUGCAAAACUCUGCGCGACAUGUCGGGUUGGGUUGAGGUCGAGAAUGUAGUUUCGCACGAGAAGCAAAGCGAGAGAAAUUAUUGUUGUUUCCUUCCAGAAGACAAGCGGCAGGGAAGGACGAAACGGGGUACUGGUACUGGCCCAAAACGAAGGGGAGAAGGGGCUAAACAAAACGGAUGAAAGAACUCUUUUUAGUCGACGCGGGACGCACAACGGCGCGCAAGAUCGGGAGAAAUAAACGCAACUCUAUAAGGCACGGCGGGGCCGAAUGUCAAAAGGCAUUCGCACGACAGCGGGCAGCGACUGGGGGCGGGGAGCGGCGACAAGGCGAGGGCGUGGACGGAAGCAAAACGGGGAACGGGCAAGGGGCAGGGCGCGAUGA